AUGCAAGAGUGUAGAGGUGCUGCGACACCAUUGGAACCCGGGUUAAAACUCUCAAAGAUUAUGCCCUCAGAUCAAUUAGACGAAAAGAGAAAGACAGCCUACCGAGAAUUAAUCGGGUCAUUAAUGUAUAUAGCAUUGCGUAGCAGACCAGACAUCCUAUUCGCCGUAACGAAGCUGUCGCAAUUCAAUUCAUGUCCAAGCGAAACACACUGGAUUCAAGCUAAACAUGUCUUGCGUUACCUGAGCAGAACAGUUGAUUACGUUAUACGUUAUAACACAAAUGAAAAACCUGAAAUCAGAAUAUUUUGCGACGCGGACUGGGCUGGCGACCAGGACGAUCGCCACUCCUUUACGGGCAUGGUUGUAAUGAUAGGGCCUAACAUUGUACAAUGGAUAUCUUCCAAGCAAAAAUGCAUAUCCAUGUCGACUAUGGAAGCAGAAUAUGUCGCUUUAGCGUCCGCGGUAAAAGAAGCGAAAUGGCUGAAGAUGCUCUUAAGCGAAUUAAAAUUAUAUGAUUCUCUUUUAGGAAUUAGUAAUGUAUACUGCGACAAUAAAUCAGCGAUAGAAUUCUCAAAAAGCCGCGUAGAGAAUUCGCGAACUAAACAUAUAGACAUAGCAUACCAUGUAGUAAGAGAGGAACUAGAAAAGAAAUCUAUUAGAUUAUCUUACGUUAGCUCAAACGAGAAUGUAGCAGACAUAAUGACGAAGAAUUUAAAAUGUAUAGCUCAUAAAAAUUGCACUGAGAGAUUGGGAAUCGCAAAAGUGGGGGACUGA